AUGGAAGACAAGCAAGACUUUAAUACAAAUAAAACGCCAAACGGAAAAUAAAUUUGGUUUGACUGUGAAAAUAAUAAACACUAUGUAUUGGAUGAAAAGACUGGUACUCAGUAACUCUGUGAUCCAUAGGGUAAUCUACCUCUAAAGUUUAUUCCAAAUAAAACUGGACACAUGGGAUUCAGUGAGCGUUAGAAUUGGCUGCCUAGAUAAGUAGUUCCUCCUUACUAGAAUCAGUUAAAUGAUAGAGCUAAGAGUACAGAAAAGAAGAUUUAUACUAGGAAACAAUAAGAAUCAUUGAGGAGUAUGAGCUCAAAUAUUUCCUUGCAUGAAAACUAAAAGAAAUUUGCAUCUAGAACAAUGACUGAUGGAUUUAUGAAGGCAGGGAAUACUGGAGUAAACUAUCUUAGUGGAAGAAUGAAUAUCCUUGGCACAAUUAAUCCAGUAGUUAACUAAAAAGACCCCAAAUAUCAAACAAUUCAACAAUUCUCAACGAUAGAUAAGAACAGACCAAAUUCUGCCACUCGUACAUCAAGCACUAUUAAAAAGCCCUCAAAAGAUACUAUGAUGGCAGGAGGGACAACUUUGACAUUUCUAUCGUAAGAAGCUAGAAAAGAUAAAAUACUGUCUGAUUUAAAUCAAUAUUCCUCUAAAUGGCAGAAUGAAAGAGAUAAAAGGAUUUAAGCUGGCUAAGCUCCUAACCCUGUAAGUUAGGAAGAGAAGAAUGUCAAAGCCCUCACUCAAAUUAUGAUAAGAAAUGAUAGUGGCUACGCUAUCCAUGGUAGAUAACUUUAAACACCAUCUGCUACUAUUUUAAUGAAAAGAAGUUAAAUAAUGUAGAGAAACUAAAGUUAGUAUCUCACUUCAAUGAGUCAAUCCAAUUUGCUUUUGGACUAAAAUCAACAUUAAAAAACCAGUCAACCUACCCUAUUUAAAGAUCCCUCUCAACAGCAAUAUUUUUCUAGCAUAAAUCCAUCAUCUAAUGAUAAUAAUCAAACCUCUAGAUUUCAAUAAAAUAAUAACUAGGAUGGGAAGUAUAAUAGUUUAAAAACUUCACCCAAGUAAAGAGUCGAUAGACACUCAUUAGCAGAGCAAACCUUAAGAAUUUAAAGAUUUUAAGAUUACACUAUUAAGCAAAAAUAUAUAGAGAAAGUCAAUCCAUUUUUACAAAAAAACAUAGACAUUUAAACUUAGUACGAAUUUACCAAGUACUUCGAUAGACCCUAGUCUCCAUCAGCAGAUCCUGGCUAGAAUGCUGCAUAAGCUAAAGGGGGAUAACCAGCUGCUGGAGGUAAAUAAGCUCCAGCUAAAGGUGCACCAUAGCCAGGGAAGAAAGACGAAGCUCCGUAGAUAGGGAUCUUUAAGGAGCAAGGCUUAUUUGAAAUUAAAGGAAAUGAAUUUAUCGAUAGAGAGGAGGAUUUAGCAUUUAAAUAAUCAAUUUGCCCUUGGGUAUCAAAUAAGACUAAGACUUAGUAUAUGAUGUCUAUAGAGCACUAACAAAAGGAGCUUCAUGAAAAAGGCUAUAUACCAGAUCCUGAAAAGCCAAUCAGAUCUAACACCAAGGGAAGAUUCAACAUGCCAAUCAAAACUCCAUCAGAGUUGUUCGUAGUAGACAAGCUAUGGGAAAGAAAGGCUAAUCCUGUAUCAUUUGAGGAAUUUAAGAAAAGGGAAAUCUGGGAUAAAAAGAUGCUAGAAAAGAAAAGAAAUCAAAAAAUGCUAAAGGACAAACUUAUUGAAGAUUAGAUGAAGCAUCUUAACAAUAGAUCUCCCAUUAAGAAGAAGAUUUGA